UUAAAAAAUAAAGCAGAAAAGUUCGAGAAACUGAAAAAAGAAGAUCCUGAUAAGGCUGCAAAGUUGCGCGAAAAUGAAGCAUGGUCCAAAGCUCUACAAAAAGCUCAAGGCAAAAAAAUUAAAGAUGAUCCUAAAUUAUUAAAGAAAACUAUAAAAAAUAUCAAUUUUAAAAAGAAAAGUAGUGAAAAGACAUGGAAAGAACGGAUUAAAGCGGUUGAUAAGGCUCAAGCUGAACGGCAACAAAAAAGGACUGCUAACAUUCAGACUCGUAUUGAUGCAAAGAAAAAUAAGAAGCGCAAAAAAUCUUAA